AGGAAAUGCUUCAGUUGAAUCAGCAGAAAAGAUGAGAGGCCCCUCCCCUACUACUACUCCCACUGAAACCAGACACCGCCUUUCUUCACCACCUCACUCCAUACUAAGCAUGUAAGGAAUUCUGUUGGCAAGAACGAAGUCGGUUCUGUAUCCGCACAUGUUCAUAUGUUUUGCAUGGCGACAAUCAUAUCAACACAUUUGGAAGGCAUAGGCUUCGUGAUUUUAAUUACCAAACUCACUAGAUGACCUUUUUCGUUACAUAUAUGUGAAUGUAUAGUUGCAGAUGAAGAGAAGGCUAGUUUUGUUAAAGGGAAAUAAAAUCCACAAGCUUCUUCUCUUGCAAACCCCUUAUGAAGACACCAACAAAAGAAGGCCGCAGAGAAACAAAGUUCUCAAAGAUAUUGAGAAAGCCCUCCACUUUCACGCUCAAGAAAGAGCCUUAAACUGCAAGCUUACCUUGAAAUUGGUGUUGAUCAUUCUUGUAUUCGGGACUUUUAUGACGCUAUUCCUAUCUUCUACUGUUUAUAAUACAGAUCACCUCUCCAGCUCUGUAUCUCACCAAACUUCUCAAUGCGGAUGGAUGAAAAGGAGCGUUCCAGCAGAUUUACGUUAUAUAUCAUCUUUACACAUAAACUGGAGUGAAAUUUUGGACUUCGUUGGAAAACUUACUCACAAAAAUGAUUAUCGGAGAAUUGGCCUAUUAAACUUUAAUGACAAUGAAAUUGACAAUUGGAAGGAGCUCUUUCCAGAUUCUGAGCAGGUUGUUCUGCAUCUCAACCAUGCACCAAACAACAUAACAUGGGAAUCCCUCUAUCCUGAAUGGAUAGACGAAGAACAAGAAUCCAAAGUUCCUACUUGUCCCUCUCUACCAAAGCUUCUAAUUCCUGAAAGUUCACCACUUGGUCUGGUUGCUGUCAAGCUUCCCUGCAACAAGUCAGGCAGUUGGUCAAGGGACGUGGCUCGUUUCCACUUGCAGCUUGAAGCAGCAAGGCUGGCUGCGUUAUCGGAAGGAUAUCACCCAGUGCAUGUGCUUUUGUUGACUGACUGCUUCCCCAUUCCAAGUUUAUUCACUUGCAAAGAUCUUGUUAGACGUGAAGGGAAUGCAUGGCUCUAUGAACCGAAACUUACUACCUUGAGGGAGAAGCUACAGCUCCCUGUAGGAUCAUGUGAGCUUGCAGUUCCUCUCAAGGCUAAAGAGCAUUUUGACUCGGAAAAACCCCACCGAGAAGCAUAUGCAACAAUCCUACACUCUGCAGAUGUAUAUGUUUGUGGAGCCAUUGCUGCAGCGCAGAGCAUCCGUAUGGCUGGUUCAACACGAGAUCUUGUGAUACUGGUCGAUGAAACAAUCACUCAGUACCAUCGGAGAGGACUGGAGGCUGCUGGGUGGAAGAUCCACACAAUCCAAAGAAUCAGGAACCCAAAAGCUGAACCAGAAGCUUACAACGAAUGGAACUACAGCAAAUUCCGUCUUUGGCAGUUGACUGAUUACGACAAGAUCAUUUUCAUUGAUGCCGACAUGCUUAUACUUCGGAAUAUCGAUUUCCUGUUUCAAAUGCCAGAAAUAUCAGCCACGGGAAACAAUGCUACUUUGUUCAACUCAGGUGUGAUGGUCGUCGAACCAUCAAAUUGUACAUUCCAGCUGCUCAUGGAUCAUAUCAACGAAAUUGUAUCCUACAACGGUGGUGACCAGGGGUAUCUGAAUGAGGUAUUUACAUGGUGGCACAGGAUUCCGAAACACAUGAACUUCUUGAAACAUUUCUGGGAAGGUGAUGAGCCGGAGAUAAAGCAAAUGAAAACUCACCUCUUUCAAGCUGACCCUCCAAUCAUCUAUGUCCUCCAUUACCUUGGUAAGAAACCGUGGCUUUGCUUCCGCGACUAUGACUGCAAUUGGAAUGUCGAUUUUAUGCAGGAGUUUGCGAGUGAUGUUGCACAUAAUACGUGGUGGAGAGUGCACGAUACUAUGCCAGGAAACUUGCAAAAGUUCUGUUUGCUUCGGACACAGCAAAAGGCAGGACUAGAGUGGGACCGAAGGCAAGCGGAAAAAGCAAAUUACACCGAUGGUCACUGGAAAAUUAAAAUAAAAGACAAGCGUCUUAAGAUAUGCGUCCAGGAUUUCUGCUCCUGGAAGAGCAUGUUACGGCACUGGGGUGAAAAAAGUUGGACAGAUAACGCUACUGUUACUCCCUCACUACCUGCACUUACUACUUCAUCGGUCACUUUUUCUUGACAUGUUUUCUUCUUUUUUACUCGAUGACAUAAAUCAAUAAAAAUGGGAGAAAGAAAAUUGUAUCCCCUUACUUAGUAUAGCUCAACAACUGUCUUGUAAAAUUCUCUACUCGUAUUUCCCUAUACCUAUUUUCAUCAAGGUGGCAUUGAUUUUUCUUCA